AUGCUCACGCGGAAGCUGCGCAAUAUGUUAGAGAAACCACCAACGAAGGGACGAUCAGGAGGCACGGUGAAAUCACAAGUAUUCAUUGUUGGGAAGCGGAUGGUGCCCACUGGGUGCGAGUCACUUGUCUGUCUCUCAAGUCGUAAGCCAGAGAUGCGACAACAGCGACGUGUCGUCUUUCAUGGUUUGGCUCCCGGUGAUGUCAUUCGAGCUCCCGCCCGUUUUUUUAAUAUGAUCGUGGAGGAGCGAAGGCUGCCAAAACCUCAGCAUUGUUGGCUAAUUCGCGCUAAUUGUAUGAAGAGGGGACCGUUGUGGACGCGUCCCUCCCCUCCUCCUUGUGCUCACCACAUGUCAGUCUCCUCUUGUACCCGUUGUCCAUGGAUGAGUGUAGUGCCGGCUGUUGCACCGGACAUUAAAGCGGGAAAUCUGCGCCAUGCUUUGGAGUCACUUCCCCAUGUAUCCCCGAUUGGUGGUGAGGGUUUUGCCGGAUCGGAAGAAUUUGGUGGAGUACGUGUUGAUUCUACAGGAUGCAGGCCAUUGCCACGGCUAUCAUUGAAUUUUCUGGAACCCUUUUCCCCACCUAUUAAAUUGCAUCUUAUGAGGGAGGUGGAGUUCCAUUUUCAUCACACACAUGACCCAAAGGACGUGAACCGGGGGACGGCGUCAAAAUCGGUUCCUGUUGGGGGAAGGUUUCGUUUUUUGGAUAGCCAGCCGGACGCAACGGGCUGCUUACUAUGCACACUGGAGCAGGACAGGCUACUGAAGCUACUGAAUCUGUGGGCUGACUGCCUUCCGUUGCACGUUCAGAAGUGCCUUUGUUCUGUAUUCGUUCUUCAACAUCCACAUGAAGCUGCGGAGCAUUCGUGGGACUGUGAUCUCCACGUUGCACUUCUGCUUCAGAAGGAUACGGUAAUGUGUGGCGAACAGAGCCCACUUUGUGGUCCAUCACAACCGGACACCACGCUCUCACGUGAAGAACAGCAGUUUGUUGAUGCGGUCCUCUCCGCAGCACCACUGACAACAAAUAUUGGCGUUUCUACUGUGUGCACUGAUGGAUCUGUUGCGCACCUUUAUCCGCACGCAAGGCGUGUUGACGUAUUUGCUUCCACCGAGUUAGCCGCAUUAUCGUUACCAUUUGUUGCAGCGGCAGCGGCAGUUAAUAGCUGUUUUCCCUGCAAGGCACUUCACGGCCCGACGGAACGAGCAGUGACAGCAUCACUUCCUUUCAUGCACAGCGUGCUUGCUUUUGCUCUUGAGGGGCGGGACUUGGGAUCGCUGCAGUCAACGCGGUGCCCAUCCGCCUGGCGCCAUGCCGCGUCCCUUGAAGCUGUUGGUUCUGUUGUACUCUCACUUAUAUCCGAGAGGCGAAUUAGCGGUGAUGGAAAUGUCAUGCUGUUGGGUGGAGGGUCGGUUGCGAGAGGUGGACGACGGGGCAGUGGCUCUCAGUUACUUCUCGCUGGGCUCGUGCAGUGGCUUGGCGCCCUGUUCCCGCAGUGUGCCGUUCAUGUGUUGGGUGAAAACCGUGGGGAAGGUGGCUUACCUGUGGUUUGUAUUUUUGUUAUCGAUAACGAAGCUGAUGUGGAUUUACUGAUGGGUUCGCUCCGCGAUGGUAAAGGUUUCGGUCUACGGGAAUCAGUCACUCAACUGUCCCAGUUGGUCCUUUUGCAACUGUCAUUUGAUGGGGAAUUUCGGUUUCUGGUGGAUGGACUUAGCGCUAUUCAGCGGUGCCUUGCCGGCAAGAAGGCACUUCAUGUUGACGCUGGCAUCAUUGACGUCGACCCUUGGGCUGCGACAGUUGUUGGUUAUGCUGCGGUGGAAAUUUAA